AUGGCAUUGGUGCGAAAGUAUGGGAAACCAGAUAUGUUCCUCACAAUGACGUGCAACCCUAAUUGGGAUGAGAUCAAACAGGACCUUUUGCCUGGCCAAAUUGCACAGGACCACCCUGAUCUCGUAACUAGGGUUUUCAGAGCAAAACUUGAGGAGCUGAAGAAGAAAUUGAUGGAGAAUAACAUCCUUGGUAAGGGUCAUGAUCGGGCAUCUGUUGCUGUUAGAGAAGGUGAUAAUGCUGAUGGCAAUGAAACACUUGGAUGCAUUUCAAUGGGGAAGGACAUUAAAACAUUUCCUCUUCCAGAGAUUGAUGAGAUGUAUGAUGAUUCUAAUGGUAUUCCUCGUGAAAUAUUUGAGGAGGCAAGCGUCGAGGUGGAUAUCAAUGAUGUGUCAUUGGUCAACUCCCUUAACUCAGAACAAAUGGGCGCCUACGAGGAGAUCAUGGCAACUAUUGAUUCCAAUAAAGGCAGAAUCUUUUUUGUGGAUGGUCCUAGCGGCAUCGGAAAGACUUCCCUAUACAGAUCUCUUCUAGCGACACAACGAAGUCAGAACAAGCUUGCCGUGGCAACAACUACAUCAGGUGUUGCAGCAUCAAUAAUGCCUGGUGGGAGAACUGCCCACUCACGUUUCAAGAUACCCCUUACCAUUGAGAAUGGAAGUUUUUGUAGUUUCACGAAACAGAGUGGUACUGCGAAGCUGCUCCGUCAAGCAUCUCUUAUUAUUUGGGAUGAGACUUCUAUGACGAAGAGGCAAGUUGUUGAAGCACUAGACAACAAUGUACGUGAUAUAAUGGAUCGGCCUCAGCUGCCAUUUGGGGCUAAGACAGUUGUGUUCGGAGGAGACUUUAGGCAGGGUCAAACAAUCCCAAAUGUUGGUGUGUACCUUCCUGAGCCGGUAUUCUCUCAUGGCCAGUUAUAUGUUGCGAAAUCUAGAGCCACUUCGAGGAAGAACAUUAAGAUUCUCGCGAAACCGCCUAAUGCUAUUGAGGAAGAUGAUGAACCUAAAAAAAGCAAGAAGAAGGGUAACAAGAAUGGGAAGGAGAAAACAAAAAAGAAUGAGAAGAAAAAUGUCCCGACUGGGAAUGUCAGUUCAUAUUUCAAGGAAAAAAUGGACGGCGAGUCUAAGAGAUAUGAUAGCCUACUUGAUUCAAAUUCAGAACCAUGCAGUAUACCACUAGACUAUUUGAGAAACAUCACAAACAACUUCUCUGAUGAUCAAUUACUUGGGGAAGGUGGUUUUGGUAAGGUAUAUAAGGGAGUGCUUCAAAGUGGAAAAAUGAUUGCUGUGAAGAAAUUUAACCAUCAGGCACAACUGGUAGUUGAGGAGAAGCAAUUUGAGAAUGAGGUUUAUCAUCUUAUGAACCUUAAGCACCCAAAUAUAGUACGAUUUGUAGGUUACUGUUAUCAAACACAGCAUGAAUGUGUAGAGCACAAUGGGAGACAGAUUUUUGCCGAGACGCAACGAAACAGGUUGCUUUGCUUGGAGUAUCUGCCAAAAGGGAGCCUAGAUAGGCAUCUUUCAGAUGGAUCUUCUGGACAUGAUUGGAAAACACGCUAUAAAAUAAUAAAGGGGAUUUGCUGUGGUUUACGUUAUCUUCACGAGGAGUGCCGAUGCGAAUUUAGUGCUUCCAUAAUUCAUUUGGACCUCAAACCUGCAAACAUAUUGCUCGAUGACAAUAUGGUGCCAAAAAUUGCUGAUUUUGGUCUGUCGAGACUCUUUGAAGAUAACAAAACUCAUACUAUCGCUACUUUUGUUGCAGGAACAGAUGGUUACAUGGCACCUGAAUAUUUUAUGUCACGUAUAGUCACAACUAAGGCAGACAUAUACAGUUUGGGAGUUAUAAUCAUGGAGAUCAUAACCGGGUCCAAAAUUCAUGCAUGA